UGAGAGAAAAGUCGAGGACGAGAGGACAACCAUAAGAGCGAUGGCGGCGAAAUUUGAUUCCCUUUUCCACCAAUCCAGCCCCAGAAUCCAAUUAAAGUGACCGCAACCGCUUACCGAACUUCGCGAUUGUGUGCUCAUUGCAUGACAAUACUGUUCCACGGGUGUCUGGUGUGGACAGUAGCGAAACGAGGGAAGCGAUGGAGCAUCAGGGCCAGUACAAGCACGAUGGGGACGCCUAUGGCGGCGAUUUACCCGAGGAAGAGGCGGCCGACGCCAAGGCUAAGGAGUCGGAGGGCGUGAAAAUGGAGACUGCAAGAGAUCGAAGAAGAAGCGGGAGCACUUCGUGCAAAAGAAUGCCAAGGUUGAAAAGGAGAUCAUUUCAGCUCAAGGUGUUCUUCUUUGCACUUGAUCAUGCUUCAGGUGGUUUCUCUGCUGCCACUCAGGCUGUAAAGCAAGAGCAGGAUUCUAGAUCAGUUUAUGUUGGCAAUGUGGACUAUAACUGCUCGACUGAGGAGUUGCGGCGCCACUUUCUGCCCUGUGGGGCAAUAAACAGGGUUACUAUCUUGCAUGACCAGAAUGGUCACCCCAAAGGGUUUGCUUACGUGGAGUUUGCAGAGGUCGACUCUGUACAUAAUGCACUACUGCUAAAUGAAUCGGAGUUGCUCGGCCGUGAACUGAAGGUGUGUGCUAAGAGAACAAAUGUUCCCCGUCUGAGGCAGCAUCGUUGGGGAUAUCCGAGUCCAUAUUCUGGAUCAAGAACCAUCCCCCCCGGCUCCCGUUCUUAUGGGAGGACUUCGAGAAUUAGACGGCGCUACAGGCCGUAUUGAGAGAUGUGAUUCUCAGUGUUGAUGGUGAAUCUGUUUCUCUGGUUAAUUAUAUUGUGUUUGUUUGCUUGUAUGGAGUGGACUGGACGCCAUUUUUGAGAUUGCAUGUUACCUGCCUUUGCCUGCAUUUACAGACAGACUCACUGAUAAUAAAUUAAGAACACAGAUGGCAAGGCAAGGCAAGGUUUGUGUUUCUCUUAAUCUCUAUGCUGUGCUAUACUCUCAUGACUUGCUUUGUGAAAGUGCUUUUUUGUUCUGUUGGUUGAAUAUGGGUAAAGCUGUUAACGAGUCGAGUCGAGCCAAAUUUUAAGUGUUCGUUAACGCUCGCGAACAAGGCUCGUGUUCGUUCGUUAAGCUUUCGAGCUGGUUCGUAGUGUUCGAGGUCGGCUCGUUAAGAAUUUUUCUUGUUUGAGCUCGUGUUUGUAUUCGGCUUAUUUAGACUC